AUGGGGCCAAAGCAUGUGCUCGGAGACGGAUGGGACAGGGUGGUGAAAUUUUGGGCCAUCUGCCGAGGGUUUUUUGGGACGCGCGCCUGGGCCUUCGUAGAUGCUCCCUACAAGGGCCAGGAGUCCUUGGACUUCAUUUGCCCCGCCUGGUGGAAUGCCACGGGCUGCGAGUGCGAAUGUGGGAACUGCAGCAUCCUCUUCGAGCAGUGCCCCAUUGGCUUCAUGCUUUUCAGGUCCUUGUCCUUGCUCUGCGGCGCCCAGGAUAAGAACAUGCGGAUUCACGAAUUGGCCAUCAGGAAGUGGGGCCGCGGCCUCUUGGACCUGGCCAAGUUGCGGCUGGGCUUCUCGGACAUCAUCGAGUCAGGGUGGCCCUUCUUCGGGGUCUUGGCCAAGAUCGGGGACCAGCUCAGGCUGGACGGCAUCUCCGAGACCUUCGCCACCGCCCUGGCGGCCCACGGCGCGCGGCCCAACUCCGUGGCUGCCGGGGCCUUUGCCCGAGGCUACAGCAUGUGCGAGCAGAGGGGCUGGCGGGAGAACUCCAAGUACAAGCAAGAAAUCCAAGAGGCCUUAGCCCAAGGGCGCACCGUGGCUUUGCAGCGGAGCGUAGAAGCCGCCUCAGAGGAUGCUUGCCCUCUACAGCGGGCAGCCGCUUCCGCCGCCACCGCGGAUUGGCUGCUGCAACCUGCGGAGAAGGGCUCGAAUACUCUUGGAAGCGCGAUGACCACGCAGGCGCUGCGAGACGUCGAGGUCUUGUUUCAGACCGUGGAGAAGGAGGUGUUGAGCUGGGCCAAGCUGGCGGAGGGGCCCUACUUCUUCGAGCUCAUGGCGGUGGACUGGCCCGUUUGGCGGAUGAUGCAUCGCGCAGGAGAGAAGCUGCUGAAAGAGCUGGCCAUCCAGUGCCCCAGCGCAGGAAGCCAAGAUGAGAUGCCGAAGGCAAGCCUGUGCGUCGCCUGCGCUUGCCCAACCCAGGCGGAGUGGGCCGCGGAGGCUCGCUACGUCGCGGAGCUCGGGGCUUAG